AAAGCGGCUAUCAGAUAUCGCUUCCAGAAAUUUGUUAAAAAUAGCCCAGAACCUAUGAGAGGAAAUGAACUAGCUCGGCCUAUAACCUUUAAACUCAAAUCUCAACGAAGUCAUGGCUGACGUGAAGACACUUGAACACUCAACUCUUAAAGUUCCAUAUGAAUUACUAAACAAGCAGUUUCGGGCUUCUCAGAAGAUAAUUGACAGAGAAGCUUCCAAAUUAAACAGCUCUGCUUCUGAACUAGAGAAAAAACUUCAUGACCCUUCACUAACAAUUGGAGAUGUUACUAGUGCAUUAACUACCAUGGUAGACAAUUUGUCAAUGCUAAAACGAAAGGCUGAAGAGAGUAUUCAAGAAGAGUUGGGAGCAUCACGUGUCAUCAAGAGAAGAUUGGCACAUCUUCAAGAAAGAGAUACACCUGGGAUCAAAGAAACAAUGCCGCCAACAUGGUGGCAAAAAAAUCGUCUUGACAGGAUGUUGGUAGAAUACUUCUUGAGAGCUGGCUACUAUAAUUCAGCACUGAAAUUGGCCAAACAUUCCAACAUUGAGGAUUUGACCAAUAUUGAUUUAUUCAUGAUGUCCAAAGAGAUAGAAGAUUCAUUGGCCAAAUGUGAUACAAAGCCAUGCCUUAGUUGGUGUGUUGACAAUCGCUCAAAGCUUCGGAAAAUGAAAAGUACUUUGGAGUUUAAUGUCAGAAAGCAAGAGUAUGUUGAGUUAAUUCGUGAAGAAAAGCCGCUUGAGGCCAUCAGACAUGCUCGAAAGUAUCUGUCAUCAGCUGAAUCAGGACAGGUCUCGGAAGUGCAGAAACUUAUGGGCAUGCUUGCAUUUAGUAGUAAAAACCCAGAAAAUCCUUAUGGUGAUGUUUUUGAUAUGAGUAACUGGCAGAAGUUAGUCUUACAGUUUAGACAGGAGAAUUUCAAACUUCAUCAGUUAAAUAGCACAUCUGUGUUUACUGCUACACUACAGGCUGGGCUGUCAGCACUCAAGACACUUCAUUGCUACAAAGAUGAUGCUAAUUUGCGCCACCCGGACUGCCCAGUGUGUAGCACACAUCUGAAUGAGCUGGCCCAGCCCCUUCCCUUUGCACACUGCACUAACUCCAAAUUGGUGUGCAGCAUAACUGGCAGUGCCCUGAAUGAGCAUAAUCCUCCAAUGAUGCUGCCCAAUGGACGUAUUUAUGGCUUAAAAGCAUUAGAGAACAUGGCUGCCGUGAAUGAUGGACGUGUUGUUUGCCCGAGAACCAGAGAGAUCUAUCAUGUUGACAAUAUAGAGAAAGUUUUUGUCAUGUGAUUCCAACUGACAGCAAGGCCUCACAGAAAACGUCUCAGGUUGAAUUUGAUUUGGUGUGCUGAGUAUAAAUUGAGAUGAUGAUGUUCUGUAGGUUAAGUUGACGCAUUCAUUAAGAUUCAUUUUACAUUGCGUUACAGAUCCACUUGUUGGUUACAAAUAGUAGUUAGGCAAAGUGAGCCCUACACACAAUGAUUGUUUUAAUUUUCCUUUAUGAAGAAAAAACAACUUUGGCACAUCUAAGUAUGAUUAUUUUAACCUAGGUGUAAUCUCAUUUUAGAAAAUGUUUACUAAUUACCUUUUUACUGUCAAUAGCUAAAUGAGAAAUAUUUCAUUGAACUACUUUAUAAAAAUAACUACUGUAACACUCUGCACAGUUUCAGCAGCACUGAUCUAAUGCUUGAUCCAACAUUUAUAUAAGUAAUGCGUGUGUACAUAGUGACUGAAAAAAAGAAACUAAUUGAUAUUUUUCUUUACAACAGCCUCAAACCAAUUUAAUGUAUUUCUUAAGAAACUAAGCAUUUAUUAAUAGAAUGAAACUAUUCUGUCAAACAAUUUAGAAUUUUCUGAAAAGGAAUAUUAGUUGAAAUCCACUAAUACGACAAGAGAGAAUAAAUUUUGUUAAUAAUAUUUUUUUUUUGUGUUAGAGUAACAGUGCUCUUAUGCAAGAUAAUUUCUAUUUUGUCCAAUUUGAUUUUGAUUUUACGUUUUAUAAAAAUGUUUUUAUUGAGAACAAAAGAACAAGACAAAAUUAAUAAAGAAUUAUUUUCAAGCUUGAAAAUUAAGAAAUGAAUCAGAACUUUAGUUGACCAUAAAUAUUUGUGACCAACUUAUUUUGUCAUAAAGGAGAAAAAAAAUACAAUUAUAUCUUCUUUGAGAGAGAGUUUCAUAUCAAACAACAUUUUUCAUGUGUUUUGUACUAGCAUUGAGAAAUCAUUUUAAAAGAUAUUUCUUUUUUUUUUAAUGAGGUGUAGUUGAAGCUUUUGAUGUUUUUUUUUAUUUCGUAGCAAAGCAUGCAGUGCAUAGUCAACACAAAUGUUAAUUUAUUACAUAAAGAAUUCAAUUAAUGGACACUGAUAAAAUGAAUAUCACUAUGUGACAAAAAAAAAAAAAAAAAAGAUAUUUUGUUACUUUUUCCCAAAAUAAUAUACAA